ACGGUGCGUGUGCGUGUAUGUAUGUGUGUGUGUGUGUGUGUGUGUGUGUGUGUGUGUGUGUGCGUGCGUGUGUGAGGUUGGGAAGUAGAAAACACACGGAGGUGGAGUCUGGUCUGAAGGCAGAGGAAGGCUGGAGGAGAGCAGUGAAACGGCACAACAGGAACGGGGUAGGACGGCGGAGAAAUCACGUCCCUACGGUUUGAAUUCGCACCAUUAAAGUGGCCCGGUCAAGGGGGAUAAGACAAGAUGAUAACGCCCUACUUCCUGGAGAGUUUCUGGGGCGAAAAAAACAAUGGAUUUGACGUGCUCUACCACAACAUGAAACAUGGCCAAAUAUCAUCCAAGGAGCUGACAGACUUCAUCAGGGAGAGGAGUGCGAUCGAGGAGGCGUACGCGCGGUCGGUCACCAAACUCGCCAAGUCUGCAGGCAACUUCUCUCCACUUGGGACGUUCGCCCCGGUGUGGGACGUGUUCCGGAGCUCCACGGAGAAGCUGGCCGCCUGCCACCUGGAGCUGGUGAGGAAGCUGCAGGAGCUCAUCAAGGAGGUGCAGAAGUACGUGGACGACCAGGCCAAGGCCCACAAGAAGACCAAGGAGGAGGUGGCGUCCACACUGGAGGCGGUCCAGAACAUCCAAACCACCUCCCAGGCGCUCACCAAGUCCAAGGAGGCGUACAACGCCAAGACGGUGGAACAGGAGCGGCUCCGCAAGGAGGGCGCCACGCAGAGGGAGGUGGACAAGGCCGGGGUGAAGGCCAAGAAAGCCACCGAGACGUACAAGUCCUACGUGGAGAAGUACGCCACGGCCAAGUCGGAAUUCGAACAGAAGAUGGCGGAAACGGCCCAGAAAUUCCAGGACAUCGAGGAGAGCCACGUCCUGCACAUGAAGGAGAUCAUCCAGUCGUACUCCCAGUCCGUCGAAGAGACACACGUCCAGAUAGGAGAGGUCCACACCGAGUUUGUGGGGAACAUGGAGAACACGUCGCUGGAGGGCCUGGUCCAGAAGCUGGCCGAGAGCAAGGGCACCGGCAAGGAGCGGCCAGGUUCCAUUGAGUUUGAGGAAUGCAACGCAGCCGUCGCCACUGAAGGUGCCAAACCCAGGAAGAGGAAAACGUUUGCCAUUCCAGGCCGGCGGAAAGACAAGGACACAGAUUCCAUGGAAUCCACGGAAGUCGAAGCUGCAAAUACUGCGAACGGAGCCCCCCCUGGCUACUAUGGAGCCAUCGACAUCCAAAAUGCUAACGUUCCCCAGGUGGAUGCAGAGGGAUUCUGCAUCAGACCAGAAGCCAAUGAAAAUGAUGCCAAAGAGAACUCGUUCUACUCGUCGAGCGACUCUGACGACGAGGACGAGCCCAGGAAGUUCCGCGUGGAGAUCAAACCGGUACAGGCCGCCGCCGGGCCGCAGGGCGCCGCCAUCGACGAGCUCAAGGCCUCCAUCGGGAGCAUCGUCCUAUCGCCCUCCGCCCUGGGUCAGAUGCGGAGGAACCAAUCCAGGGUCUCGAGAAUGUCUUCGUUAAGCUCUAAGCCUCAGGUCCCCGGCGAUGAGCUGUCGAAAAACAGAACGGCAGCGUCCUUUAACGACAAACUGACCAACAAUGACCUGCUGUCCCUGGACCCCUUCAGCCCCACCCUGGCCGGCUCCUCUUCCUCUGUGUCUUCAUCAGCAGGGCCGGCCCUCGCCAGACCCACCACCCCGCUGACGGCUGGGGCCCUGGUGCCCCCCCCCAGACCCUCGUCCAGACCCAAGCUGCCCACCGGGAAACUCAGCGGGAUCAAUGAGAUCGUCCGACCCUUCAGCCCCCCCAAGACGGCCGGGGCCAGCCCGCCCUCCCCGGCCCCCCUGGCCCGGGCCGAGAGCUCCUCCUCGCUGUCCUCCAACGCCUCCAUGAGCGCCAGCAACACGCCCACCGUCGGACCUGAGCCUCUCUAUCCCCUGGCCCUCUCUUCUUUGGAGCCAGAGCAGCUCCUCCCUCCCCUCCCCGCCUUCCAGAAGGAUGAUGAUUUCAUAGCCAAGCUGCCCACCUAUGAGAAGCGCUCUGAGACGCCUGCAGGAACGUCCCGCGGCCCCAGUCCCAUUACGCUGGCGUCCCACGAUGCAUUGCCCAUCGCCGUUGCGUUCACAGAGUCCGUCAACGCCUACUUCAAAGGAGCAGACCCCAGCAAGUGCAUCGUGAAGAUCACGGGGGACAUGACGCUGUCCUUCCCCAUGGGCAUCAUCAAGGUGUUCACCUCCAACCCCUCCCCCGCCGUGCUCACCUUCAGGCUGAAGAACACCAGCCGUCUGGAACAGGUGCUGCCCAACCAGCAGCUGCUGCACAGCGACGCCUCUCAGAGUGACUCCAACUCCAAGGACUUCUGGUUCAACAUGCCGGCGCUGAUGUCCUACCUUAGGAAGGCCGCCGAGCAGAACCCCACCGCCUCGUACUACAACGUGGACAUCUUGAAAUACCAGGUGCACUCCAGCGGCAUCCAGUCCACGCCGCUCAACCUGGCGGUGUACUGGAAGUGCGCGGCCGGCACCACGGACCUCUGCCUGGACUACCGCUUCAACCCGGAGCCCAUGUCCGGCCCGGGCUCCCUGGCCAACGUCCAGAUCCUGGUGCCCGUGGACGGGGGCGUGACCAGCAUGCAGGCGCUGCCCCACGGCAUCUGGAAUGCAGAGCAGAAAAAGUUCCUGUGGAAGCUGAGCGACAUCUCGGACAAGAGCGACAACGAAGGCGCGGGCUCUCUCAGGGCUAAGUUCGAGCUGUCCAGCGGGCCGUCCACGCCGGCCACCCUGGCGGUGCAGUUCAUGAACGAGGGCAGCACCCUGUCGGGGGUGGACAUGGAGCUGCAGGGGCCUGGCUACCGGCUGUCCCUCACCAAGAAGAGGUUUGCCACGGGACGCUACAUGGCUGACUGUUGAUUGGAAGCUUCUCUAGAAUGCUGAGGGUUGCCCUGACGACCUCCCUGGACGUUCUGGAUCUGCCUCCCGCUGCAGUCGGAACACCUGAGCGCGCUCUCUUUAUCCCUCCUUUUUUUUCCUCGGAACCGAAAGUUUCACUACAGUAAAGAGGCAGCACUGAGUACUAUACACUAUUUAAUAGAAAGUGAACCAGAGUAUGAAUACUGGGACGAGCCUUCAGGAACUGUACAGGUGUCACGCUCUCUGAUCAAAUCACUUUUUUUGUACAAACAAUUUUAUGGAUUAGGUAAAAAAAUAAAACUAUAUUAUAUGAAAUCACGAAAACAAAAAAAGCAAAGAAAAAUGUGCACUAACCAAUCUUUCCGGCCAAUUUUUGAAUACCCUCUUUCCCCCCUCCCCUCUCUUUUCUAUGAGGAAUGUAUAAAACCAAUGUUUUCUGAGGAAGAGGAACACCUACUUUAUGCUUCUCUGCCCUUUCCACUGUAAAUAGAUGCACUGAAUAGUAUGUGCUGCGAGCCUCAGCCCAACCCGUGCUCAGGUUGGGUUCCUGUUCUCCCCUCCUCUCUCUACUCUCUUUAUGGUCACGUGCAAUGAAACAAUGAAGACAAAUGAUCGCUGAAACACUAUAAAUCCUCUCAGAGUCUCUCAGAACAUGCCAGGGCACACCCUCAGUUUGAAGUCGUGGGCAUCUAAGAUUUUAAAUUGCUUUAAUGACAAAAAAGGAACGCAAAAAAACAAGAAACAUCCAGUGCCUACCGAUGUCUGUCCUCGUUUGUGCUUUGAUGAUUCAGCUUUAUGCAUCUUUUUUCUCCGUAUCCAUGGGGAUAUCAACAGGGCUAAUCCUCAACACUGUUACUAACCGGGUCUUCGGAGGGCUAGCACAAGUUCUUAAACAUGCCCGUAUUACGUUUCGUAUAAAUGUAAGUUUCCGUGUAGUCCAGGUAGACGUAUUUUAAAUAAGCCCCUUUUAUUAUAAAACGGCAGCAAGGUAAAUGGAACAAUUAGUUUUUUGCAUGAAACAAGUGUCUUUUUCAAGUACAUUUUUUAGCAGAUUCAAAACAGUGUCAUCGCGUGCCCGCCAAAACGUACGGAGAAACGUUCCUGAAUCUCGCCUUCCUUCCGUCGUUUGCGUGCCAAAGCACAGCGCAUGAGCAGAGGGCCUGUCGUCGUGGGCUAGUCAUUUUAUACUCCUUGAUCAGGAUGAGAAAGGGAAAACGCCUCCAGUUUAUACAACCCCCAGUCUUGUCGUCCAAUCGGCCAAUAAGACACGUUUGUCUUCACCAAUGUUUUUGUUUAUUUUUUAUUGAAGUCUUUUAUAAGUCCUCUUUUUUAAUUGGUAAUCGUUCGCAGGCCUCGACCCCUCCUCACCCCGCGGUCCAGGGGGGGCUGCGGGAGGCGCAGUAGCAUCAUAAAUGCCUUAUCAAAAAAUGACUGCCGCAAAGAAAUAUUCAAAGGUUGCUCGUGGGGCACAGAUAUCGUUGUAAACCGCGUUGGGAUUUCAAUUGUAAUCGAUGUGGCUGAAAACAAAACAACAAUCCGACUUCAAGGAAGAAACGCACAAACCCCCCAAAAAACACCUCUCACCUUGCCGGGUUGGCUGUUGUGAUUUUAAGGUUUUCCCAAGUAUGCUUUUUUUUACCCUGAAAUGUGAUUUAUUUUCUUGUCGUUGCAUACAAAAUGUGGCUUUUAAUGACCCCUUGAGGCUGGGAUUGCUACGGAUCAAGGUGUCAUCUCCCCUGUUGGAAUGGACGGUGGAUUAAUUUCAAAGUGCUAUCAUUCAUAUCGCUACCUUUGUCUGAUACACUGACGAAUUAACCCGCAACUUAUCUCUUGUGAUUCAUCUUCCUUAGAAACUAUUCACUAAUGAUUUAUUUUUGGAUGGCUAUUGAUACGCUUGAUAUCCUCAAGCAUGGUUGUACGUAUAAGGGCGCAUUGAUACAUAAUGAGAUUAAUAUUUCUUUAUUUUUCAUGCUUUUAAAUAUCAUAGUAUUAUUGUUUUCUAAAACCGAGAUCUACAUACAGUGUGUGGAGCAUUCCGUUUCAAAUACAGUAUAUCUCAAAUCGUCUGUCCUCGUUUGAGCACAAGUACACAGGGGUGUUGUGUCAAAGUCAAAGUCUGCCAUGGAUCCGAAUGCUUUAGAAUAGACCGUCCCUUUAAGAAAAAAAGAAACACAACUUUUUCAGUUGCAGUUGAUCUUGGCAAGCUGGUUCUUGCUGUCUCUGCAGAAAUCGUAAAAACGGAUAAUCGUCGAGGCUUUCGUUUCUGUCACUUUCACACUUUUCCUUUGUUUAUAUGUUUUAGUAAAAUAAGAGUUUAAAAAGAAAAGCAAAAUUGUGUACAUGAUUCUCAUGAAAUGGACAUUUUUAAAGCUAUAUCAGCCACUCAUGUCUAUGAUUUAAUUUCAUUGUGCCUGUAUUAAAUGUGUAAUAUAUGAAUAUAUACAAAUAUAUGAAUAUGACUACUU